GUAAGAUACUUGUUUUGUAACUGUGUAGUCAAUAUUACCAGUAUUCUUGCAUAGGUGGGUAAGUUUCAGUAUACUAAAAACAAAUAGGUAGAAUAGGUGAGAAAGUAUAACACUUUCAUUAUUUGUUAUUGCUGGUCACAAGCGGUAUGUGUCCUGCCCCCGUAGAAUCAGUGUCGAGCGUGGAAGGGUCCCGAACUCGCCGGCGCCGACGUAGGCGGAGGGCACGACCCCGUAGCCAGACGCCCUCUGGCGAUCAGGCUGACUUAGCUCCCACUGGCAAUGCCGAACGACAGGGUGGUGGGGCAGCUGCUGCUCCCAGCGAUCAGUCUGCUUUCACCAGCAAAGAAGGGACACCAGCUGCUGAAGGACAGCCAAAAAAUCAGCGUGAGCCUCGAGCACGCAACCAAAGACCACCACAGAAGCGAUCUGAAGGGAAAGCCAAGGAAACCAUGGUAAAUGGUACAUCUGCCUAAGAAGAAUAAGAAAAAUCUUCAGACGCACAUUGUUUGACAAACUGGCGCAGAAAUUCUGGACAUUCUCUGGAUAGGUAAAAAGUAAAUUGAUGGAAAAGAAAGAAAAUUGAACAGUUUAGCUUUAUCAAAGUGCCAAGGAUAUGUUCUUGAGCCUUUAGGAAAUGAGAACGUGGAAAGACCAGUUGUGUGAAAGUGGUCCACUUGGAAAUACCUUUGUGCUGUUGGAAGAAUUCACAAAAUGAGAGAAAGAUAACAAAGGUUAUCUAAUUUUCCAAUGACAGAGCCACCUCUUCAACAUUUUAAUCCUUGAUCUAAUAUCGAGAUUUAUAGACAUGGAUUUAGGUGGAAACCAGAUUCUAUACAGGAAGUCCAAAUGAUAAGUACGCACUGUUCUCUAUUCAAAUGUCUUGGCAUAUGCUGCUGCUUUUUGGUGCACUUUAAAAAAAAAAAGGCAUUUAAUAAUUUAUUCAGUAUUUUGCUGCUGCAGCUCACCCUUGCAGGGUCCAAAAAUGUUAACAGUGCCUCAACAGGACAAAUUGAAGCCACCAGCACAAGUUUAGAUGGAGAUGUUUCCUUCUUGUCCAGUGAUAGGCUCAUGGUUGCCUUUUUUUAUAUGCGUUUCUAAAACUGAUCCCUCCUUUUCCAGUUCUGGUAGAUAAGUGUUCAUCUUCCUUUUUCUUACUUUAUGAAGGGAAAGAUUGUUUUUAUUAAUGAAUGAUAUUUGAUGUGAAUACUGUAGCUUGUUUGUAGGUGGCAGCUGUGUGUGAUGUUUGCAUGACAGCAGUAUUCAGAUGUUCCUUCUAGUAUUUAUUGUCUGAAGUUUGGUUACUUGCAGUUGUAAUAGUUACUUAACUUUAUUUUUCAUGUAGUUGCAGACGUUUACACAUGCUAAUUGCUAACAAAAAUGGGAAGGGAAGGAAAGUUAAAAAAAUGUUAUGCAGUUUUUGCAUUGUGUAAAGAUUUAAGUUUAUCAUUAAUGCAUAUGCAGUUGAUUUUGUGUAUUUGAUGCUUUUCUAUGUAUGAAACAAUUAAGGUAUCAAGGGAAAAUUAACUAGAAGUGAAAAGCCAGCAAUAGCUUUGCUUAUUGAUGCAUGAUUCUAUAUAAAACAUUUCUAAAUUAUACAUUUGUAAAAGGGAACAUGAUAUUUGUUAAAUAAAUUUGAAGAGAGAGUUGAAAGUGUACAUCUGUAAACAGUGUCAUUUUUAACAUCAUAGGGAAAAGCUUAAAUUUUUUCUACAUAUAUGUGGAGUCUUCUUUCAAUUACCCUAUACCUUAAUUUAUGCAAAAAUUUAAAUGCUGUAGCUAAAGUAAUUUCAGUGCACAUCACUGACUUAACGUUACAACAGACCUCACAAUUGUGUAGUUGGAUUUCCUGCAUGAACUUCAUUAGUGAUGGUGAAAAUGAUAGGUGUUUUCUUACUCGCAGUUGAUGCACUCAAGCAGGCUAAAUCUGUAGCUCAAAUUGGAUUGGUUGUGUGGGCUGUUCACUACUUACAGAAGGGUAUUAAAAAAAUUAUCUAUAGUGUUGGUUUAAACUGUGGAGUUUCUUUUCUGCGCAAAGAACAUUUAUAAAUUGAUUUCUGUACUUUUGAAUGAAUUGUUAUAUUAAAAUAUUACAUAAAUGCUGUACUUACAAGUCUCUUUCUGUUACAUCUAUGUUACAUUUACAAAUUGCCACUACCAAGAGAAUAUAAAAAUGAGUUGGUAAAAGAAAUUAAGAUCUUCGUAAAUGUACUUUAGUUCAUAAGGAAGUGAACUUAUGUUAUUAAUGAAUCAUUAUAUUAAAGUGUAAAUGAAGGGGGAAAAAUACAGAUUACGGAGAGUGUACAAUGAUUACUUCUGUUUUUUAAAUUUUUUUUAAAAAUAAUGCUUGAUUAAAGAUUAGAAGUAUGUAGGAAUACAUACUGUAGAUUUUGGUUUCACACAAACCACUUUUUAAACGUGUUUUUUUCCCUUCAAUAUUGCGUUGUUUACUACACUUCUGAGUUAUAAAUCAUGGACUUAGAUCCUUAUUUUUCUGUACACAACCAGUGAUUACAUUUAAAUAGCAUGAAGUGCAUUAAUAUGUUAUAGUUCUGUGGAAUUUCUAGCUGAAAUACUAUGUUUUUGUGCAACUUUGAAAAACUGUGUUUUUGUGCAGUCAUAAGUUCUGAUUCAUAAUGUAACUACAUAGGCAUUGUGUUGUGUGAAAAUUUGUCUGAUUUCAGAGAAAUUCUAUGUCUGUUACCCAUCAAUUUCAUUGAAGAAAAAAAAAGAACUUUGUAGAUCAUAUUUGAAAUUAAUGGAAGAAGACUGCAGUUUGACAUUUUAUGUAUGACAGAUUACUUCCUUCACCCUUUAAUGGAACUUAUGAGGCAUUGAAAUGAAAUGUAGAUAAAAUGUUGAACUGAGUUUCAUAUGUAUGCAUUGAUAUGAAAUGAUUUGUUUACCUAUAAUAUUGAAGCUAUGUACAGUUGAUGCAAGCAGAAUUGGAAGCAUUAAUUUAAGUGCUGUGUUUGAACUAAAUUUGCUUUAGUUGAUAUUUGAUUUUUUUACUGAAAAUAAAUUUCAACUGAAGCCUUCAUUCAAACAUGGAAUUUUCAUGCUAUGCACGACAGUGGGUUUUGAAGUACUACAUAAGUAGUGUACUGUUACAAGGACAUGAUUUGCUGUCACGUAUUUUCACUUCAACAUGGCCUCUAUUUGUAUCUUCACAAUUGUGAACAAUAUCAGAAUGUGACUGAAUGACAAUAUGGCUGUAUGAGUACAACGGAUUGUUUAAAACAAGUUUUCAGAGGUACGCCACACUUGUGAAUCUGUUUGUGUGGAAUUUCCAGACAUGUCUUAAAAGAACUCGAGUUCUAAACAAAGAAUGUGAAAUUGAACAUUGUCCAAGUCAGUUGGCAUCAGUAACAUUGCAUUUGUUUAAUAAAAAGCAAUAUCGUAGUUUCUUCCCCAAAUGCUUGUUGAGAUAGAUUUGUAUUGAUCUUGCAAUGUUUGCAUAUUUAAAAAUAAAUUUCUGUACAUAUAUGUAUUGUGUUUUUGGGUAAUUAUU